AAGCCCCCUUACCCACCCACCCCCUUUCUCCUCUCUCUCUCUCUCUCUCUCUCUCCCCCAAAAAGAAAAGUUAGAGAGAGAAAGGGAGAGAAACAAAGGUUGUCUUGGUCGAAUUCUCACUACUACUCUACUGCUGUGCUGCUGCUGAUUUUAUAUAAUCGAAGAAAUCAUUCAUCAUCAUAGUCGUCUUUCUUGGUGCCAUGGAUGAGUACGAAGCUACUAAGGUAGUGAUGACGAGGAUCCAAAGUUUGGAUCCGGACAACGCCUCGAAAAUCAUGGGAUAUAUUCUCAUACAAGACCAGGGCGAGAAGGAGAUGAUUCGAUUGGCCUUCGGGCCUGAAUCGCUGCUGCUUUCUUACAUCAGCCAGGCCAAGGCUUGUCUGGGGCUCACCGCCGGCGCCGGCGCCGGAAACAGCCCCUUUCCGCCGCGAAUCUUGGUCCCCAACAAUGGCUUCCAUUUGAGCGGCCCUCCCUCGCCUUCCCUCUUCCAGAGGAGCAGCCCCCGCCCCUUUUCCUACGCUGCUGCUCUCAACGGCAAUGGCGCCGGCGCCGGAGGCGGCGGUGGAAGUGGCUCGCCAAGCUUGCAUUUUUACGGCGGCGGCGGCGGUGGUGGUGGGAAUGAAUUUCCGUAUCUGGACGACUCGAUUGUGGAUCCGGUGAUGAGCCCUAGCGGGAGGAGUGAUUCGAUGAUUUUCCCGUACGGCGACGACGGCAACGGCGGCGUUUCUUCGCCCCACCCUUUCCACCGCCGGAGCUGCUCCGUUAACGACGCUGCUGCAUUUUUGUCCGGUCUGGAGGACGGAGGAGGCGGCGGCGGCGGCGGGGGGUGGAGGCCUUGCAUGUACUUCGCUCGAGGGUUUUGUAAGAAUGGGAGUGCCUGCAAGUUCUUACACAGUGACGUUGCCGCCGCCGCCGAAGCCGCGGCGGCGAUGGAGAUGGGGUCUCCGGGCAAGAAUGGCGCCGGAUUUGAUGAGCUGCUGAGACUGCGGACUCUUCAGCACCAGAGGUUUGCUUUCAUGGCGGGUCACCAUCCGUUUGGUUAUCACAACGAGAAUCCGAGGAAUGAGUUUUCUGCAUUGGGUUUGAUUGUUGGUCCGAAUUCGAGCUCCCGACAAAUUUAUUUAACGUUCCCGGCGGAUAGUACAUUCAAGGAAGACGAUGUUUCGAAUUAUUUCAGUAAGUUUGGACCGGUGCAAGAUGUCCGGAUUCCGUAUCAGCAGAAGCGUAUGUUCGGAUUUGUGACCUUUGUCUAUCCGGAGACCGUCAAGAUCAUCUUGGCGAAAGGGAACCCGCAUUUCGUGUGCGAUUCUCGCGUGCUCGUCAAGCCGUACAAGGAGAAAGGGAAGAUCUUAGAGAAGAAGCAACAGCAGCUGGAAAGAGGCGAGCAUUCAGCUUGUCUGAGCCCAUCCGGGAGAGACACUAGAGAGCACGUCGAUUCCCCGUUUGGUAAUAACAAUCGAAUGCUGCUCGGCGCUCAAGAAAUGAUGCUGAGACGAAAAUUGGAGGAGGCGGAGUUGCAGCACGCCAUCGAACUUCAAGGCCAAAGGAUGAUGAACUUACAACUUUUCGACCUCAAAAAUCAGCAUCAUAGCCCUCGAUUUCUCCCGAACUUGAGGUCCGCCGUCGCUCCGUUUUCGUCUCCCAGACACUCUCAUUUACUGAUGAACCAAACUUUCGUUGCCGCCGUUAACAAAGAAGACUCUGAAGCUAAAUCUUCUGCCGAGGCAGCUGCCGGUGAACCUGAUCUACCGGAAAGCUUGGAGCACAUCCUUCCCGACAACCUCUUCGCGUCUCCGACAAAAGCAGCGGCGGAAUGUAAUCCUCCUUUCUCCGAAGCUUCGGGUGAUGAAAUCGAACAACCCGUCGUAACAAUGUCGCCGUCUCCUAACAAUAGCAACAACCCAGCCAGUUCUUCCCCCGGCAUUACUCCGAAAUCAUGUUACCUUCAAAUGCCAAGGUUUUCGUCCUCCGGGCAAGAAGUUAUCGAAAUGUAGGUGCAGUAGAACUGAUUUGAGGUAGCGAACAGCGAUUAACAACUUAGCCACCGAAAGUAACAACAAAGUAUACAAGGAAGUAAGAAAAAGGCAGAAAUCUAUGUAGCUGUAUAGCCAAGUAAAAAAAAAAAAAAGACCACAUACAACCUUCAAAACAACACAAAGAAGAA